CGCUGCUGUACCAUUUGCAGAUUCACCGGACUUGUGUUCUCCUGUCUACGGGAGUUCGUUCUCCUGAGUCGAACUUGCCAAGUCCCAACUACCAAGGACGCGAGUCCGAAGUUUGCGAACUUGGUUUUGAGAAACGGCCCUGGAUUCUGUUCCUGGUGACCGUCUGAACUACUGCAAGUCAUGAUGAGCAUCUGAUUGUCUUCAGCAACACAAAGAUCCAAUGCUGAUCUGUUUUCAAUGGCAGUUUAGCUGCGGUGCUGUAUGUCAGAGGAGCGAGGAAAGGACUCUCUCUCUCUAAGAUGAGUCUCUCAGAGAAACAGAGUGUAAGAUCAGUUUCACAUGACAGCUCUGUAUCUGUGAAGAGUGACCGUUCAAAAGAAGAUGGACCAUAUUUCAGUGAGGAAACGCCAUCAGCUACUCUAAGUGAAAGGUUAGGCUCACAUGUGUCCAGCUCUGUGUCUUUGAAGAGUGACCAUUCAAGAGGAGGAGGACCAGAUUUCAGUGAGGAAACUCCUUCAGCUAACCCAAGGUUUCAACAUGAGAGCCACAAGAAUUUCACAGACAAUCUCCUGUUUAUCUUCCAGGCUCUUGAGGGUAAAAUAAUAACAUUUCUGAAGAAUGAAAUGAAAAAAUUUAAGAACAUUUUGCAAAAAGAGAAAACUCAAUACUUUGUGAAGGACUUUAAUGAGAAUAGAUGCAGUAUCAAAUCAGCAGCUCUUGAUCUCACACUACACUACCUGAGAGAGAUGAAACAAGAUGAAGCUGCUGAUACUCUAGAAGAUGAGCUGUUCUUCAAUCAUCGGCUAAAAUCUAACCUGAAGAAGAAGUAUCAAUGUGUGUUUGAAGGAAUUGCGAAGCAAGGUGACUCCACACUUCUGAAUAACAUCUACACAGAUCUCUAUAUCACUCAGGGUGGCAGUGAACCGGUCAAUACUGAACAUGAGAUCAGACAGAUUGAAGUUGCUUCCAGGCGUCAAGAAUCACAAGAGAUACCAGUUGAAUGCAAAAAUUUGUUUGAAGCACCUGAACAAGACAAAAAGAUCAGAACUGUACUGACAAAAGGAGUUGCUGGCAUUGGAAAAUCCGUCUCUGUGCAAAAGUUUGUUCUGGAUUGGGCUGAAGGAAAAGAAAAUCAAGAUAUCAGCUUCAUAUUUCCUCUUCCAUUCAGAGAAAUGAACUUAAAGGAGAAAGAAAAACAAAGUUUGAUGAGUCUUAUAUUUCGAUGUUUCCCAGAGACAAAAGGACUGAACCUUACAAGAAGAAAUCAAUUCAAAGUCCUGUUCAUCCUCGAUGGAUUGGACGAAUGUCGCCUUCCUCUGAAGUUUGAUGAUAAUGAGAUAUGGCGUGAUGUAUCAUCACCAACCUCUCUGGAUGUUAUCCUAACAAACCUCAUCAAAGGAAAUCUGCUUCCUUCUGCUCUCAUCUGGAUCACCACCAGACCAGCAGCUGCCAGUAAGGUUCCUCCUGACUGUAUUGACCAGCUGACAGAGAUACGAGGAUUCAAUGAUGUGCAAAAGGAGGAGUACUUCAGAAAAAGAUUCACAGAUGAGAAAAUGGCCAGUGAAAUCACUGAUCAUGUUAAACAAUCAAAGAGUCUCUUUAUUAUGUGCCACAUCCCAGUCUUCUGCUGGAUUUCAGCCACUGUUCUCCAGAACAUUUUAGAGGGAAAAAGAAAUAAUUGUCUUAAAAAAGCUGAUGAGACACUACAGGAAUCAAAUACUGAAGACACUCCCAAGACUUUGACAGAAAUGUACACACACUUUCUCCGCUUUCAAAUCCAGCAGAGCAGACGAAAGUAUGAUGGAGAAUACACACCAGAUGUUUCCUGGGACAAAAAUGCCAUCCUUUCACUGGGGAAACUGGCAUUUCAUCAGCUGGAAAAAAACAACAUUAUCUUCUAUGACACAGAUAUGAAAGCCUGUGGUAUAGAUGUCUAUAAAGCAUCAGUAUAUUCAGGCAUGUGUACCCAGAUCUUUAAGGAGGAAAGAGGGCUUAUUCUUGGUACCAUGUACUGCUUUGUUCACUUGAGCAUUCAAGAGUUUAUUGCAGCCCUUUAUGCACAUCUGUUUCUAGACAUCAACAAGAAAAGUGUGUUUGUUCAUGAGUCUACAGAACAGGAAAACAAAAAUGAAGCCAUGAUUGAUUUGCUCAAGUUUGCAGUGGACAAGGCGCUCGAAUGUGACAAUGGACAUCUGGACCUUUUCCUUCGCUUCCUCCUCGGUCUGUCGCUCCAGUCCAAUCGGCGACUCUUACGAGGUUUGUUGACACAGCAAGACGGCAAUGACCAAAGCAAAAAGGAAAUAGUUCAAUACAUCAAGCAGAAACUUGAAGAUAAUCUGUCUCCAGAGAGAUCCAUCAAUCUGUUCUACUGUCUGUAUGAACUAAAUGAUCAAACACUGGUAAAAGAGAUUCAGACUCACCUUAGCAAAGGCAGUCUCUCAUCUGCUGACCUUUCACCUGCCCAGUGGUCUGCUUUAGCCUUUGUGUUGUUGACAUCAGAGGAAGAGCUGGAGGAGUUUGAGCUUCAGAAAUUCAAGAAAUCAGACGAGUGUCUCAUUAGAUUAUCGGCAGUCAUCAAAACCUCCAAAAGAGCUCUUUUAAAUGAUUGUAACUUAACAGACAGAAGCUGUUCAGCUCUGGCUACAGUUCUUGGAUCAGAUACCAUUCUGAAAGAGCUGAACAUGAACAAUAAUAAUCUGCAGGAUUCAGGAGUGAAGCUGCUCUGUAGUGGACUGAAGAGUGUAAAGUGUAAAUUGGAGAUACUGAGACUCUCAAACUGCAGUAUCACAGAAGAAGGUUAUAAAGCUCUGGCUUCAGCUCUGAGAUCAAACCCUUCAAACCUGAUAGAGCUGGAUCUCACAGGAAAUUAUCCUGGACAAUCAGGAGUGAAGGAGCUUGAUGAUUUACUACAGGAUCCAAACUGCCAACUGAAGACACUGAGGUUUUUGAGUCCUGCUGCAGAUGAAGCCUGUCAGUAUGUGAAAACAGUUGUGGGUAAAAACCCAUUACUCCUGAGAGAGCUGAAUCUGAGUGAACGUGAGCUAGGAGACACACGAGUGAAUCAGAUCGCUGCUCUACUGCAGGAUAAACACUGUGAACUCAACACACUGAUUUUGUGUGAAUGCAGUAUUACAGAGAAACAGUGUCUCAUCCUGACUUCUGCUCUGAAAUCAAACCCAUCACACCUGAGAGAUCUGGACCUCAGUGAGAAUAAAAUAAGAAACACAGGAGUGAAUCACUUAUGUGACAGACUGAAGGAUUCACAGUGUAAACUGGAAAGACUUAGGUUAAGAGGCUGUGAUCUGACAGAUGAAGGUUGUUCUGCUCUGACUUCAGCUCUGAAAUCAAACCCAUCACACCUGAGAGAUCUGGACCUCAGUAAGAAUAAACUAGGAGACUCUGGAGUGAAAAACCUCAGUGAUCUACUGAUGAACCCACAAUGCAAGCUGGGAAAACUAGAUCUGUAUGGAUGCAGUAUUACAGAGGAACAGUGUCUCAUUCUGACUUCAGCUCUGAAAUCAAACCCAUCACACCUGAGAUAUCUGAACCUCAGUGUGAAUCAAAUAAGAAACACAGGAGUGAAUCACUUAUGUGAUGUACUGAAGGAUUCACACUGUAAACUGGAGAUAUUGGGAUUAAUAUACUGUGAAAUGACAGAUGAAGGUUGUUCUGCUCUGACUUCAGCUCUGAAAUCAAACCCAUCACACCUGAGAGAUCUGUACCUCAGUGUGAAUAAAAUAAGAAACACAGGAGUGAAUCACUUAUGUGACGUACUGAAGGACACAAACUGUAAACUGGAGAGUUUGUGGUUAAUGCGCUGUGAAAUGACAGAUGAAGGUUGUUCUGCUCUGACUUCAGCUCUGAAAUCAAACCCAUCACACCUGAGAGACCUGAACCUCAGUCACAAUAAAAUAAGAAACACAGGAGUGAAUCACUUAUGUCACGUACUGAAGGAUUCACACUGUAAACUGGAGAGAUUGAGGUUAAGAGGCUGUGAUCUGACAGAUGAAGGUUGUUCUGCUCUGACUUCAGCUCUGAAAUCAAACCCAUCACACCUGAAACAUCUGUACCUCAGUGAGAAUAAACUAGGAGACUCUGGAGUGGAAAACCUCAGUGAUCUACUGAUGAACCUACAAUGCAAACUGGAAAAAAUACAUCUGUAUGGAUGCAGUAUUACAGAGAAACAGUGUCUCAUCCUGACUUCAGCUCUGAAAUCAAACCCAUCACACCUGAGAGAUCUGGACCUCAGUGAGAAUCAAAUAAGUAACACAGGAGUGAAUCACUUAUGUGACGGACUGACGGAUUCACACUGUAAACUGGAGAGAUUGAGUCUGAAAGGCUGUGGCAUUACAGAUGUUUCUUCUUUAACUCAGUGUUUGACAAACACAAAAGCACUGCAGUUUUUAAAAGAGCUUGAUCUGAGAAACAACACGAUCAGAGACUCAGAGCAGCUCAGAGACUUGAUACGAGACUCAAACUGUAAACUGACGUGAAACAGAUUGAGAAGAUGUAAGAGCAGAGAUGAAGUGGAUUAACAAGAAUAUAUAGAAGUCUUUAGUAUAAGGCCUACAAUCAUAAUGAUAUUGGGAUUAAAUUCACCAUAUUAAAGCAAUUACAAUAUUGCUAAUCAUAACUGCGAUUGCCAAAUUUAGUACUCAAAUUAUUCAAGUGAUAUAAACUGAAAGUGAAUGUUAAAUUGUUGUGGGCUACAUUUCUUAAUGCUGUUCCAUCAUUUUAUAUUUGUAUAUUUCAAUUUGUAGUUGAUGCCAUUUUAUUUUAUUGUAUUGUAAUAUGUGUUGAUAUUGUAAAUAUACGAAUAAAAACUUGAUCGUUUUA